AGAGAGAGAGAGAGAGAGAGAGAGAGAGAGAGAGAGAGAGAGAGAAAGGGCUAGGCGAGACUGUGCUUCGAGAGAGAAGACAGACCAGGCAACGAGUCAUCCUAUUGCCUACCGAAAAGUCAUAUGCCCAUACACGCGCGUAAGACGCGUGCGGCUUGCGAAGAAAUCGAAAUGGUGGAGUUGUGUGGUAGCGGCCAAGCAUCCUCAGCUAUGGGGGUGAUGGGUAUCGGCUCGGUGGUGUCUGCGGCGACGUCGUCGUCCUCCUCGUCAACCACCACUACCACGGGGGCUUCGUCCUCUGCGUCGGGCCGCGCCGGCGUCCUCGAGACCCAAGUGCGCGGUCAAUGGUAUCGCGUGUUUGUCUCGCUGGAAGACGAUUAUCUCAGCAUCUCCCUUGACGAGAGCUGCGAGACCAGCAACAUUGCUCUGAAUAACGGCAACAUCAACAACAACAACGUGGACAGUCUGAACGAUCCGGACGUGCCCGACUCCGUGGCUAAUCAGAAGCGCAUUGUCCGCGUGGUCAAGAGCGACAAUAAUGGCCUCGGGAUUUCGAUCAAAGGCGGCAAGGAGAACAAAAUGCCGAUCCUCAUCUCGAAGAUUUUCAAAGGCAUGGCCGCGGACGCCACCGAGCAACUCUACGUCGGCGAUGCCAUUCUGGCGGUGAACGGCGAGGACCUGUGCGAAGCCACGCACGACGAGGCGGUGAAGGCGCUGAAGAGGGCUGGCAAGGUCGUCGAGCUGGAAGUUAAGUAUCUGCGAGAAGUGACGCCAUACUUCAGGAAGGCUUCGAUCAUUCAGGAAGUGGGCUGGGAACUUCAGCGCGGUUUCCUCAGCGCGACGCCGCCACCGCCAAAGUCACCACCGCGAGCGGAUACUCGUUAUCUGCCAUUACAACUCUGCAGACUCACCAGGGCGCAUCCCUCUUCCGAUCCCGAAGGACGCAUCCUGGAGCUGCACUCGCCUGAUGGCGUCCACGAGUGUUGGUUGAGAGCCACUGACAACACCGAGGCGAAUGUCUGGUUCAAUGCUUUGCACUCGGCGCUGGCAGCCCUCACCUUGAAAGCGUUACGACUGGCCUCAGCACUUCCGGAUCCGCAGCAGCUUCAGCACAUCGGCUGGCUCGCAAGGAGACAUUGUCUUCAGAACGGACGGGCCAGCAGCGAGAGCAGCGAGGACGGGGCCGGAAGCAGUGCGAGCACCUCGCGAGGAGCCGGCAGCGGAUUUGGCCUGGCCGGUGGAUGCACCGGCGGAUGGCGCAGUGUCUUUGGUGCAGUUUCAGGACGAGAACUCAGAUUGUACGAAUGCGCACCUUGGAGUCCAGAAGCCUGGGCUUCCCCGAGUAUUACUUGCCCGCUUAUCGCGACACGGCUGGUCUCCUCCCCGACGCGGCAGAACGAAGCGGCGAGCAGCAGUAGCGGCUCGACUCAGCACGGGGCGACGUUCGCGGUUCGGGUCGGCACCAUCGACGGGGUGAUCACGCAUCACUUGCGGGCCGAAACACGAAGAGAUUUGGCGGCCUGGGCGCGGGCGAUCGUCCAGGGGUGUCACGCGGCCGCUCAUUCUCUGCGUGAAUACACUGUCCGUUGCACGUGGCAGGGCAAGUCCUGUCAGCUGGUUGUCAACCAUGAGGAAGGCUUCGCGCUUUACACCGCCGGAACGCGGGGCACUGCUGGGAAUGGCGUGAGUCCUGGAUCGCCGCCCACGCCACUCUGGAGAAGAUCCUUCGACAAAUUGAAAAUGUCCUCAGACGACGGCGCUCGUCUUCUGUGGCUCGAUUUUGGAGGCGAAGACGGCGAAAUUGAGCUCGACCUAGAGAGCUGUCCGAAACCGAUCGUGUUCGUCUUGCACAACUUCCUCUCGGCGAAAAUUCAUCGGCUCGGUCUGAGUGCAUAGGGGCACGAGGGGGCCCUGAUAGAGGCCCCCGAUCUUCCUCCUCACACUACCAGGUCCGUUACCAGCGUCUUUCUUCACUGAACCAGAAAGAAUUGCGACGCGAAAGAGAAAGGGGGGCUUUUCUCUUCGAUGAUUCGACGGUAAGGAGACUCGAUGAGACACGAAAUGUCCUGGUGGGUAAUGGGUACAGGGACUAUACCUUUGUUAAGCAUAUUCCGCGUCGUGUGCAUCCUCUUCUGGUUCUGGAGCUUUGGAAGUCGAGGAGGGAAGAGGCUUGGAGCGAGAGAGGGUAAAUAGUAAGAUAAGUUUGGAAACGACUGGUAGGAUAAAGAAUCCGUGGGUAACGGUCCGAGGAUUCCGUAAUUGGAAGACUCUAUGAUAUGAGAAAUGGAUCUAAAAAUCCCGAUCUAAGCGUUUCCCAAGUACAUGGAUAUUCCAAAGGCUGAAAAAGUAAGAUUCCAAGUAUCAAAUAUUUAAGGUUUAAGAGUCCAUCGAUCUAGAUUCCUAGUAUUUGCGAGUGUAAGAUCUCUCAAGAUCCAGAGAGUCGCUGAGAGAGAACAGCGUUAAAAGAAAAGAGGAAAAGAAGGGAAAAACAUCCCCUAGGAAACGGAGGUUUUAGAAUCCUCAAGAAUCAUAUCCCACUUUACGAGUUAUUCCGUUGAUCCGCGUGCUCUAGCAUUUAAUGUGUCAGGUAUUCUCCAGAGCCCCCCUCCCUCUCUCCCCCCUCGAAAUGUUUAUAAUUCCGACAAAUUUCCGAAGUGACGGGAUCCAGUAUCUAAAGCUCCAAAAGUGUCUGAAGUUCAAAAGUCUCAACGGCCUAGUUUUCCCUACUAAGGAUCCGAAGUUCCAAAUCGCACAUACCCUAGAAUUCUCGGACUCGGUCCAAGGAACCCAGUAUCUCUCAGCCAGGGAGAUACAAGCGGGAUAAAGGAAAGGUUGUAUAAGUCUGAGCUUGAUGGUGCAUGUUGGUGAGGAUCUUCGGGUGAAGCUCGAUCGCGAUAAAUCGUGUCCGUCGACCCGAGACGGUCGUUAAAAAUCGGGUGGCAGUCCCUUUUCUCGCUUUUCCCCGUAACGAUAAUCGAUACGAAGCCAUCCACGAGACGAUAUAUCGAAGAAAGUACGACGUGCGACAAGGAUAAAGAGGCGGAGAGACGAAGAGGAACACCCACGCCGCUAAUCAACGCGCCUAAGUAACUAAUUAAUUAACUACUUACCUAACCCUAAGUCUAAUUGCGAGGAACUGACUCGGCAGAUUAUCGAUAAAUAUUCAGAUACAGUGUCGGGUGUGUCGAGUUGCGAUUACUGUAAUGAGCAUGUAAAUCAGAUGAGCAUGAUGGUUUAAGCGAUCGUUUAAACGACGACAUGUCGACUCUCAAAUGUAAUUUGAGUAAUUUGGAUUUCGGGAAAUAUAAUGACGCAGUGUGCAAUCGAGUUUGAUGAUCGUUAAUUAAAAAAAAAAAAAUGUUUCCAAUUAUCGUGGAGAAAAAAAACAUUUGAUUAAAUUAAACGUUCACUCUCCGAUUUCAUGAGAUAUUAUUUGUUUAAUAAAAUUUGCGAAACAAAUAUUUUAUUGCAAACAAUAAUACCUAGCCAGCGGCUUCGAUUUCAUUGAAUACAAAUAUUUAGAUUUAAUUUUAUUUUAAUGGAUUUAAUUAAGCUUUAAUUAAAUUACGAUAUUUUAGUAGAUGAUUUACAUGCCAUUCCCGCUUUUGUCAAUUUGUGCUUUACUAUCUUCAUUAAUGUUUUAUUUGGUAACAAAUGGAAAUAGGCCACUGAUGAAAUCCCUUUCAGCUUGACGAACUUCAAAUAUUGACACUUAGUCAAUUUUAAUAUAAAUCACCCGUUAUUUCGGCCGGGGCGUUUCAAAUCGCUUUCGAACUCUCUUCUAUAGUCUUUAUUUUGGCGCAGCAUUUUUGGAAGAUUUCACGAAAUGAUUAGAAAAUCCCUCGCAACAAUAAAAUCCAAGAGUUUGUAUUUGUCGUUUAAACAUCGCGCCAACUCUGCGCGCAUGAUCGAGGCGUUUAAGUGAAGAGCGUACUUGUUACGAAAGUAGAAGCUAAUCACGAUAUAAGACCUGUGUUUCCACCGUGCGUUUAGCGUUUGACGUGUGACAUCCAGUCCUGAGGUCUAGCUCUUGUCAAGAUAUCACGUUGUGUGCAUUCGACGUGAACUUAGAGACACCAAUCGUAUAAUCACACUUAAUAUUAUAUAAUACUAUAUUACGACAAAAUUGACUAUAUCCACGAUAGAAUCCACUAUAGAACGUCACAAUGUCGUAAUAUUUGAAAGUAAUAUCCCAGGAAACGUGCGGCAACAUUUAAUGCCACAUUUGUGUCGAUGUAAUGCGGUAAUACGGGACUUCGGCGUUAAUUGCACGGUGAAAACGCGGCCAUUAUUAUCUAACAAUGAGCCGCCCGUUGGCAUUCGACCUGCCAGUUCCCUCGAAGACUUGAAGAGCUCACACGUUCUUUUAAACACACAGAGCGGAUUAUUUCGCACAUUCUUUCGAUUUUACAAUUGAAUUUACCGUAGAGCAAACAGAGGAAGAAACAUAUCAUUAAGGUAACUCCACCUUGAGAGAGAAUCAUAUCACACGGACAAUGGAUCCCUUCGUACAAUUAAGUCACCAUCAAGAUUGUUUUCGAUAUCUUGAUUAAUUGCUGAGAUAUAGAUUUGUAAAGGGUCAUGUGUGACUCACCGCUGCGAAUUACAGAAUACAGAUACCGCAAUAACGCAUUAUAUUAUGUGUUGCACAACGUAAUUGUUAGGCAUUUAUUUUAAAACACAUAUACACGAAACGCACACGAAAUAUCAAUCAAUGUGUGAUAUUAACGGUUCCUGUAACAUUGACGUCAAAACGACUGAUACACGCAAAGAUGUCACUGCGAAGGAAUACAAUCAUUUUCUUCUGAUAAUUGGCGAACGCGCAAAUGAUUGUUUCGCUAUCAGAAGCUGGUAUACUCGGCGACGCGUAUACUUAAAUUAACUUUUCGUUAUUGCACCUCGACAUCGAAAAAUAAGGGAAUCAAAACGGGCACGCGCAGAGCUUUGACGAAUCGCAAUCGACGCGGCCACAGCUUGUCUCAUUUUUAGGUACAUUCAGAGAAAUAAGAAUUUACACUUAGGCAAUUGUGCGCAGAGAGAAUAGUCGAGAGCAUCGUAGAAACGAUUCCUGAAUUGACUGCUGGCUUCGUAUACGGCGGAGAAUGUCACGUACUUAAAUUUUACACAGGGAUUUCUGGUCACCUUCGUUGUUGUUUUUUCGAAAAACUCGUGCGCGCGUCGCACAGCACCAAAGUCCGCGGAGUUGGGAACACCUGGAAAGGACUUAAGGAGUUUACUCCCUUGAUCUUCUGGCGGGAACUUUCCGCGAGAUAACGUGUUUCGUUUCGGUAAGGCGAUAUUUAUGUCACUCCCCCUCCUAUCCACAGUCAAAGCGCCUCGAGUGAGUAUACGGAAGUUGGAAUAUCCUGCGCGUUUCUCGGCCAAAAUACCUUCUCGGAAUUGUACUCGAGAGCCGCGAGGCGAUCGCCAUCGAUCUCAGCCAGACAAAAUGGAAAUAUCCUCCUUGCGACCGUUCCUAGAGGCGAGGCGAGGCGAGGCGAGGCGAGACGGUGCGAGAAGCAAGGCUGACUUACGUUCAGGAUCCUUCGUCUUCAUGUCCUCGCGUUAAAAGAGGAUUCCAGCGUUCUUGAAUUCCUGAGUUCGGCACUGUUAAGAUCCGUAAAACUCCUGUCUGGCAAUGCGCCUUCAUCUUUCCUUCUAUUGCUGAAGUGACGGCUAUUGACGUCGCUUACGCGAAGAUAUAUAAAAAUGACGAUUGAUACAACAAUGCGCGGCGAAAUCGAAGUGAAAAAUGACUGCGUUAGUUUACGUAAAAAAGAGCGAGUAAUUGUUUACCCUUCCCUUACUCCUCUCUCUCCCAAGAGUAUAAAAUGGUGAAGUUUAUUGUACAGAAUCGAGGGAACCAAGUGUUUGUCGAUGUUAAUCCUAGAAAAAACGAUACAUUUUUGCACGAUCAAAAAAAAAUUGCCCAAACGGUUGUUGCACGAAAUUCCUCAAACAUUUUGAUUUUAUGGCCGUAUGAAUUAUGGUACUAUGAUUCAUACGUUCGCGAUAAAUUUGCACAACAGUCGUUGCCGGGCAAACUUUUAGGUGGUGUACGGUUCGCCAAAAAUAUCGUUCUGAACCACUGGUUCGGCGUUGCUUAUAACUUUAGGCAAAACUUCAUCAGAGGAGCGGAACGCGUGAAGUAAAAGCAGGUUCCUUCAUAAAUCAAUGGGCGGCCAUUCUAGCUGUUUUAUACGAUUCGUAUCCUUUAAACUUAAGAUAGCGAGGAGCGUCGAUGUGUGCAGCCUGAUUUCUUUGUUUCCCAGAAUUGCAUGUUAAAAUUGAUUGUGCGUGUCUUCAUGUUGAAGGUGAGAAAUGUAAGAUCUAAAAGAUCAUAGGGGGAGAAGAAGAAGAUAAAGUUCCAUGAUUCUCGUUCUCGAGGAGAACCAUGAUUUCUACUCAAAAAAUAAAAAUAAAAUAAAGACUGUCGGAGGAUGUAAUAAUCAAAGAAUCCAUGACUUCAAAAUCAUCAAAUUCACUUCUAAUUUUUUAAUUAUGUGUUUAAGCAAGCUUAAUUUUAACUGCGACUUAUUUUUAACUUAUUGAAAAUAAAUUUUAAGGCAGAAUUCAAUACAAAUUAUGGUGUCUAGAAAUUAAGGAAUUCAGCAAUUUUGUGUGUAUUUAGAUGAAAUAUAAAUUCUAGAGUUUACAAAUGUGUGUGGGUGCAGGGAUUUAUAUAAAGAUCUAGUUUUUCCAAAGUUUUAAGAUGUCCCAUAAAAUUUGAAAAAUCCCUAAAACCUAAUCCAAAAGAUUUUGACGACCCGUGCUCGUGACCUUUGCGAGUUCGUAUUUGAGAAUUUCUUUAAUUUUAAACAGCAAAGUCGUUGACUCGAAAAUUAAAUGUGUACUAGCAAUUAGCACUAUUGUCGCAGUUCCCAAAUUAUCCAGAAACGACGAAAUCAGGCGUUGAAGGAAUUAUCCUUGACACAAAGUUACGGAAGAAUGUAAGAAUGGAUUUUCUUCACAGACUUUUAUAGCAUAUUGAAGUAUAUUAACAUACUAUACUUCACCAGACUAUAUCAAUGUAAGUAAUCACUAAGCCGUUGCUUUCAUCUGCAUAAUUUGUUGCAAAACAAACCAUUUUGUAUCACCGACGAAAUAACAAUAAAAGCCAUUUCUCUAUACGCAGAGAUUCGUUCGUAGCGUUUCUACAUCUUGGAAUAUCAUAUGAAAUCAUACAUUCCUGAAUUCGUUUUCUUCUCAAUAUUUGUUAUAUAAACACUUUCUUUUGACUACUGUAAUAAUAAUAAAACGAUAAUAUUAAUAUUAAUAAUGAUAAUAUUAAUAAUAAUGAUAACAAUAAUAAUAUUUUUACUACUGGUAAAUUCUUGUAUCACAAAUUCGACUAAUAUGGCGGUCUGGUGUGUGUUAUAGAGGCCUGUGAUUUUCUUUCUCUGUAUAAAUUCGAGUGUCUCCCAUCGAGAUUGUUGAGUGUUGUCUAGGGUGGACGUACAAUAAUAAGAUUUAGACAUUAAGUAGACAUAUCAACGAAGCCAUGUAUCAUUGAUUGUCUCCAUUUGUCAUUUUCCGGCCGCUUCUUGCGCUUCUCGAGCUGAAACGGCGCAGUCUUUUAGCGCCUCGUAAUUCGCCCACGCGGGCUCGUUUCUGUAUAUAGAUUAUUUAACGCGGUCGCCGCCAUGACGAUUACUGACAAUCGCUCGUUUAUUGUGUCUGUCAAAGAUUCUCGACAACUUUACACUACGCUAAUCCGUGAUUCUCUAAGGCUAGAGGGUUAGGUUAGGUUGAAAACGAUUAGGACUUGAUGAUUCGUUUGCUUAAACUUCCAUUCGUCUGUGUAUAGUAUUAGAUAAAUUGUGUAAAUAUAUUAAUGAAUAUUUUAUAUAUACAUAUAUGUAUAAGUUAUGCGCUAGAGUGAUGCAGUCUAAUAUUUGGCAUUGGGAAGAAUGGCGGCGAAAGUGUUGAUGAUGAUGACGGCAAAAAUGACUUCGCGUCCGUUUCGGGUCGGUGGAGCGUAAUUCGCAGAAGCAUGCGACUGUUAACGAGUUAUUAAUACGAUCAUCAGUAACGAAACUAAGUUGAACAUUGAAGAUUUUGUUGGCGGAUUCGUUCGCGCGUGAAAUGUGUAUUUUUCUAAUGAUUUAGGGCGAGUCAUUACCAAGAUGCGUGAUGAGUUUACUUUUGCUUUACUUCCUUUAAGUUUAGAGUCAGUUUAUGUAUCGAUGAGUUACCAAAUAAAAGAGAGCGGUUAGAACAACGAACGGUUGGUUGUCUUUCAUCCAAUUUCAUCAAGUUCUUCCAUUACAUCGGAGUUUGUUCGUUGUGUUUUCGAAUUAUUAGUUAUAUAAA